CAGACCUCGGUACAUACGGAAUUUUGUAGAAGACCUUGGCAUCUUUUGUGUACAACCUGACUUCUUCUGUACGUAUUUGUUGACUUGGGGAGCCGCUCAACAACCCUCUCCGACUGCUAAUUAACCGGUCUGGAUAAACCCAGUGAUAGCAGGUGAUAGCGUCAAGAGUUGUUCCAUGUUGGCGUAUCGUUGGACCGUAUAUAAAAUCCUCGUUCAAUCUCGGAAAAUCUAAAGGCAAAUUCAAGUUCGUUUUUUUAUAGCUACACUUUAGUUUUUUUUUCUUAGUAGGAGGGGGUAAGCCGUGUAUUUAGCAAGAUCAAAUAGGAACACAACGGUUUAAAUUUUCUCCUUCUUUUAAAGAGAUGUCGGAUACCAAGCGGCCAGUCUUGUUUCUGAUUGCCGGAGCUUGGCAUGGAAGCUGGAUGUUUGAUUCGGUCAACAUGACGUUGACAGAAGCUGGAUACACGACGUCACUUAUCGAACUGCCAUCGACGGGUGAGCCGGACGGUUUGCCGCAAGGAGAAAGGGAUGAUGCGGAGUAUAUUCGGAGUCGAAUUCUAGAAGAAAUCGACAAAGGCGGGGAUGUAGCGAUCGUCUGCCAUUCGUAUGCGGGCGUGCCAACGUGCGAUGCUGUCAAGGGCCUAGGAAUCGGCGAACGCCAACAGAACCAGCAAGCGGGUGGAGUUUGUAGCUUGAUUUUUGUCGCCGCCUUUGUCCUUUGGAGCGGCACUAGCGUGAAUGAACUGAACGACAAACACCAGCACGCCGAAUUUCAUUACCAGGAGGGAUUGGUUUGGCCAGCGAGGCCGGAAAACUUAUUCUAUAACGAUUUACCCAAUGGAUUUGCCGUCGAACUGUCUCGUUUAUUGCGUUCGCAUUCAGCAGGAGUUUUCGCCAGUCCGCUUGACCACGAAGCCUAUCGAUUUAUACCUUCCUCAUAUCUCAUCUGCACCGAAGACAACGCGAUUCCAUUGGCGGCACAAGAAGAAAUGCUGGCGGAUAAGCUAGGAUACUUCUUACUGGUCGAACGGCUUGCCUCAGGCCAUUUACCUUUCAUCAGUCGCCCACAAGAGACGGUCGACUUCAUCACCAAAACCCUGAGUCUCGUCCUAACUAAACCUCCACCCAGCCAAUUAGGAACAUCAUCAUGACCAUCGAUGGCCCAUGGAGUCAGGCCUAUGGAAGAUAUCGACUUCAUCUUGAUCAUUCCUUUGAAUUUCGUCGACCAAAACUCUAGAUUAGCCAUCCAGUCUCACCAUUUCAUCUUCGCUCUUUUUUUGAUUUUGUUUAUGGCUAUAUUAAAAAAAAUCACGACGAUCCUCUAUUGAAUAAACGGAAAUACUAUAGGAAUUGAUUGCAAGAGAAUCCUCAACCAUAAUGAAUUUGGUUGAAAGCCAAACAAUCUCUUGCUCGCUCUCCCGUUUGAAUAUUUGAUCUCGACUUGCCUUUCAAGUUUUCUUCAAAGAUAAUUGUCUAUUUCCUACCAAUAUACAGGCACAUGCAUUCAGUUUUUCAUAACAAUCUUGUUCAUUCUGAUCCCGGCCUUUUCUGCAAGGUCCUAUUACCAGAGAUUAUUGAACCGUUCAUCCUCCUUGAUCUAAGAUACCCAGCUCGAAUUGAGAUGACUGGGUUAGCUACGUCAAAGAAGUUGAUUUUUUACAUGACUGCAUGCAACAGUUUUGAUGAUGAUACUAUGUGUAGAUAUCGAAUGGCAUGACUGAUGAGUUUAUAGAGAUCCAAAUCAACUUCCUUCGUGUUCUUGCCAAAAAUAAGAACACAAAUUUGACCGUUUUUUUCAUUGUAAUUUGUAG